AUGGCAGAGCUGAGGAACCCCAUUAAGUCGGCGGGGUCUCUAGUCAUUGUUCCCAGCUCCCUGGAUGGAUUUGUUUUGACAGCGCUGGCUUUGUUCUCUCCUGCUAGCUUGCUAAUUAUCCCUGCCAAUCAUAUUCUGGAACACCCAGGCCCCCGCAGGUCAGCCACAGCCUUGGGAGGAUGCAAUGCACCAGGACGGAUCCUCCUAGUGAGGCAGAUCAAGAUCAAAACUGGCAUGGUAAAGUGAUUGGUCAAAGAAAAAGUGAUGUACAAAAAUGAAGCAAAACAAGAGGAGGGGCCGAGCUGAAAAAAAAACAGAAAAAAAAAAGCUGAAGAUGGUGAAAAUUAUGCCAUUAAAAAUUAACAGGCCGAGAUCCUGUAGGAGUCCCGGAUGAUGAUCCCAUUCCAGCACAGGCUGGAAGCUGCCUAUACUGACUUUCUGCAGAUACUUGAGAGUGAAAAAGACUUGGAAGAAACUGAAGAGUAUAAGGAAGCACGUCUAGUCCUGGAUUCAGUGAAGUUAGAAGCGUGAAGCUUUUCUCUAUAGGGUGUUUUUUGCAUUAAGUCCUGGGAUCCAUUCCACAAUUCAUUAUUUUUUACCACUGCUGUGUGUUCAAGUAGAG